CAAGAAAUUUCCAAAUAAAUUACUCACAAGAUUACGUUAACGUUUCUACAAAAACAGAGCUAUUAAUUACCAAAUUAAGCCAAUAUAUAACCUACCUACAAGUGCAAAAGCAAAUCAGACACUUACAUUGUUUUGCUUGGUUUCAAAUGCGCGUGUAUGGUGUUUGAAUAACGAAACAUAGACAUAAAAAAUUACUUCGAGAUGAAGCUGCUAAUUGCACUAAUAAUAUUCGCUGCGAAUGUUUGCGUAUUUGCGCAAUCUGAUCCCGGUGAAGUGGAAUUUUCUCGAAAUGUGAAGAAAAGUGUCAAUAAAAUGAACGCAGAUUUUGCUAAAAUACUAGUCGAAGACUUGGUAUCUGAAAAAAACUUCAUAUUCUCACCUCUCAACAUAUACGGAGCUUUGGCGCUGGUGCAUUUGGGCGCCACUGGCACUACCAAAAAUGAGCUUUCAAACGCUUUGGGCCUUCCUGCUGAAGAAAACAGAUUGGCUGAAGCUCACGAAAAAUUAGGAAAAUUACUGAAUGGCAUUCAGCGGAAUCUAACAGUGAGCAUUGCUAAUGGAAUCUUCACUCGGAAAGGAUUAAAACUCAAAGACACUUACACGAAAGGAACGGCAAAUUAUUAUAAAAGUGAAGCUCAGCAAGUAGACUUUGCAAAAGGUGGAGAUGAGCCAACGAAUAUCGUUAAUAAAUGGAUAGCGGACAAAACGAAAAAUCGCAUAACAAAAGUAUUUAGUGGAGAGAUUUCAAGAGAUACGAUUGUAUUAUUGGCAAGUGCAGUAUACUUCGAUGGAAGAUGGUCCGACGGAUUUCACAAAUACAGAACCCAAACAAAAAAUUUCAACACCGGAGACAAACAAAUCCAAGUACCGACAAUGAGCGCCAAUAAAUUAAUCGGCUACGUCAACAAUAAAGAUUUGAAAUUCGAAGCCAUCAGUCUACCUUACUUGUACGGAGAUUUCGCAAUGCUAAUCGUUCUACCAAACCGAGACCAAUCAGUGAAAACUUUGGUGAAUUCCCUCAAACCGGAACAAAUCUCCGAAAUAGUAUCAUCUCUCAAAAGGACUGACGUGAUUUACCAAAUUCCUCGUAUGAAAUUCCGUUGGUCUCGAGAUAUAAACGACAUCCUCACGAAACUGGGAGUAAAACAGAUGUUCAAUAAUGCCGAACUUGGAAAUAUGAUGGAUCUGAACAAUAUAUUGAUAUCGAAAGUAACUCACGCGGCUGAAAUUGAGGUUAAUGAAGAAGGAACUGAAGCAAGUGCAGUAACGACGAUUGAAAUAGCAUUAUUUUCAGCUCAGAAAGAACCCAUUCGUCGGUCACCGAUUCUAUUCCAUGCAGAUCGACCAUUUUUAUUUUCAAUUUAUCACCGAGAUACGGGUAUCAUUUUAUUUACUGGUGUGGUGCAAAAUCCGGUCGAAGGGAAUGCUUAAGAGUUUCACUUACACUUGAAAAUGGGAUUAUAAUUUUUUCAACAUUUUUAAAUUUUAUCUUUCUGCCUAUUCGAUUAUGAUCCCAGACUUCGUUUUAUGGUUGUAUAAAAAUAAAAUUGUAUUUCUUUCUAAAUAAACGUUUUCAUUAUUGCAAGUCAA